AGCGGCUCCCGCGCGGCUCGGGAGGGGCGGGGGCCUGGGAGUCGCUGGAGCCGACGUGGAAGCGGCUCCACCGUUGGAGGAAAUCCCCCGGGGCGAUGUCUAACCAGAGCCAGCACAGUAAGGCAAGAAGAUGAAGAUAGAAGAAAUGUACUUCCGGUGGUGGAGGAGCUUAAGGUGUGAACAGUCCUGGAAGGAGCCAGAAGCAGCAGAGGACACCAGGGAUGAGGUUGAGAUCUCAGGUUCCUCAUUUGCUGCUGCGUCUUUUGCCCUGGCAAGAGGCAGUUUCCAGCCUUGUAGAGUCUCUUCCUCGUCCCAGGCUGUAGUUCAGAAACAUGUGCGCACAUUGUCUGGGAUUGUCAGAUUGAAGGAGCAGCUGAUGAGACGCUGUCACCCCAGAAGAAGCCUCUGUGUGAGCAGGCCUCUUGUUCAUUGGGUUCUGCUUGGACCACUAAGCUAAUGUGAGGCUUAAAGUCCCAGAGCCCUCAAUUCCAUGCAGUCAGCCCUGCUUCCUCCACUCUGUGCAGACAAGAAGAGCAACAGGGAAGAGAUGAUGCCUCUGAAACAUCGUAGCAAUUUUGCUGGAGUUUGCUUUUUUCUAUGGACAAUGCAUGGGAGGUACCUAGUUUUUUAGGCCCUAAUCCUGGACCUAACAUUUUUUUCUUUCGGAUUAUUUUCUCUGUCCUCAUGCACCAUUUUUCACCUUCUGUCACUAGAAAUUUUCUUUGUCGAUUGGCCCUCUUUUCUCUCUUCUCUCUAUAAAAGCCAAGGCCAUUAUGUUAAGUCUUCAAGGACACAAUAUGGAGAUUUAAUCAAUUAAUUCCUUUAUUGAAGAGAAUCAGUGAUUUGGAUCAGUUUUGUUGCUUUCUGAGUGUCUGACUUGAUGUUGAAAUGGAGAUAGGCAAACCUGGAGAGAAGGACCAUGAAAAUGUCCUUCAGAUUGGUGUUUUUUAACCAUUUCACUCAGCGUUUGUGACGUGUGUUGCUUCUGUUCACACAGAGGACAGACUAUGCACUUUGGCUGUUGAGAAUUGCUGCUCUUCACACAUUAGAUAACUACGGGGACCUCUGGGUAAUGUCAAUGUUGAACUCUCCAAGGAGUGUCAGAAGAGCUGAUAAUUCAGUUUUUGGAUUAAAGCAGCUUCAUGUGUUUUAGAUACUGCUUAUCCACAUUUCAGUGAAGAUGUAGAAGUCAGACUUGUGUCCUCAUUCACAUUCGCUUGAUGGAAGAUGGACUAGUCAGGAAUCUUCUUAUUGUGAAUGAUCCUAAACCUCAAACAAAUUAGCUUAGACAAACAAACAAAAGACUUUGUUGUCUCUUGUCACUGAGAAGAUCACAGGUAAAUCUCCUUCAGGUGAGCUGUGAGUCAGGACUCAAAAGGAUGUUCUACUUGGUUCCAUGCUUCCAUGUUGAUUCCUCCUAAGGCUCCAUGUAAUGGGUCCUGGAGUCUUUAGGUUCCUAUCUUUUUGACAGCCUUUUUUUUUUUUUUUUUUUAGUGUUUUAUUUAUUUAUUUAUU